AUGUCUCUUCAAUACCAACAGGGCGACAACAGCGAAGAAUGCAACUAUCGUGUUGCCAUUCAUCUCAAUAACGUUGGCGUUGCGCUUCUCGAGCGUCGGGCCUACAAGCAAGCCCUCGACACUCUCAAGGAUGCGGUGACGGUUGUCCGCCAAGCCUUUGUUGAUGAGGACGACGAGAAUCAGAGUUCGAUGUUGACCAAAGCCGCUCGUCGGCUUGCAACUCCCAAAUCGCUUGUUCUCGCCUCCUCUGGCCUGGUGACAAUUUCGGAAGAUGCCGGAUUCGAGACUAUCAGACCACUGACGCAUGCUGGGGGAUCAGAUCAAGCUCUUUGUGCUGUGAAGAUGGAACACUUUGGGCAGGAAGACCGUGAUAUCGAUAUCGACUCAGCCACAGUAUUGCACAACUUUUCCGUCGCGCACCUUCUUUUGGCCCGCGUUGCUAAGACGAACAGCUGCGCAAAGCAGCUGCGAGUCGGUGCGCUCAAAUUGGCCAGUCUAUCGUACCGAACACUUUCCACACUCCUCGUUGUCCGUGAUGAGAACGAGCUCGAGAACAUGAUUAUGCUUAAACCCAAUCUAUUUUUGAUCGCUAUUUCUGUUCUGCGGUGUCUUGUUCAUGCCCUACACGAGUCGAACCAAGUGAUUAAGGCACAGCAAAGCUAUCAACGAUUGCUACUCCUGGAAGCUGCCAUUGGUGAAGUUGACGAACCACCCUGCUUGACUGGGAAAAGCGCUGCUGCUGCAUAA